AUGCUCCUUCCAUCUCACUGCAGUUACAUCCAGAUAGGAAUCAUUCAUGCUGUCCCUAAGCCAGGCAUCCAAGUUGACUUGACAAUCAUGCUCAAAUGCCAAGGAGACUUUUGUAACCUCACAAGUUCAGAAGCUUCAUUUUAUCAUUCCAAGUUUUCUAAAAAGUUGGCAGUCAGCUUCCGAAUCAUUCAUUCUGUUUACCAGCACGGCUUUGCAAUAAAGCCCCUCUUAAAAAAGUUUAAAAGUAAAAAUAUAAACUUUUGUCCUUGGAAGGUGAUGAGAAAAAAAAAAGGAAAAGGUGAGAUUAGCUAUUGA